AUCAAAUCGAACAGUACUGCAGCAGCCCGAGCCUUUUACACCAAGCCACCACAAGAAUGUAGCUAGCAAGACCAAUCUUUCGUCGGCUGCAAUCGCUCCCACAACCCACCCCUCCAUGGACCCCUCUCCCAUCAAAUUCAUAAAACAGAAUCACAAGCAACCACAACAACACAAACACAACAAUGACAACACCAAAGCCCUACUAUCUUCGCCCGAAUGCCGAGCAACAAGAGCUCAACGAAUUCAUGAAGAAGCUCAUCCCCGAACUCGACUCGGAAUAUGCCGUCACGCCAAUGGAGCGAGGCAAAUGGCGCAUGCCCGAAGAGUCCUCGGACGAUGGGACCCCCUGCUAUAUUGCCGCCCUCAAACCCACCGGUACCAUGCCAGACUACAUUUGGAUGCCCAAGCGCAAGGAUCUCCCUGCUGGCUACUAUCAUUUCUACACACAAGAAGCAUACAUUGAAGUCUAUCAUCGAUUGAACAAGCUGGGUCCUCUCAAGCAGCUGCUGUUCACCAAGGAUCAUCCCAUUCAGACCAAGCAGGACCGAAAACUCCACAAGAAACUCAAAGGGCUAAUGUACAAUCGACUCAUCACGGAUGUCCCCAGUGAUGUCCAUGCCGCUCGAAUGAAGGUGCUGAAUCUUCAGUCCCAAGGCGGAAAGGCCGCGGCAUUUGGAAGGGCCGCGUAUCUGCCAACCCUGACCACAGUCAUUUUGCUAGGCUAAUAAGAAAGUGUAUGUAUGGAUAAUGAAAUAGUGUAUGCAUAAAUAGAGACUGAUUCAAAUAUAUUACUUGCUAUUGGAGACUCCCUUCCACGUACAUGGCCUUUGUAGCGGUGCAACUGGCUAUUGGCAAUGCACCCGAUCCAAACGAAGAGCAGCCGCAUGAUGGCGAUGAUGGAAGUCAAUGGAUGGUACGAGGGUUCGAUCGGAGCUUGGGCAUUGCAGCUACCAUACAACUGAAUGGACUUGAUUGCUGCUGAAGCAAAGGAACUGCUACCGGUGUGCUAAACCCCCUUUAUACACGAAAGUGGUGAGCGCGAGGCAACUCGUUUGAAAAACUCUUGGUCGGCAGGAUAAGUGAACUGAAGCUUGGUACUAGUAGUUAGUAAGGAUACGUAGUAGUGAACGCAUAUCAUGAAG